AUGAUGCUCACUCUCCGCCCCGCCGUCGCCGCCCGCACUGCGUUCCGCCAGUAUGCCCGUGCCAUGUCCACCCAGGCCGAGCCCAUGGUCCUCACCUCGCGCUCCGAGUCUGGCAAGGUCGCUAUCCUCACCCUCAACCGCCCCAAGGCCCUCAACGCCCUCUCGACCCCGCUCUUCGACCAGCUCAACGCCGAGCUCGAGAAGGCUGACGCGGACGAGUCGGUCCGCGCCAUCGUUCUCACCGGCGGUGAGAAGGUGUUCGCUGCCGGUGCCGACAUCAAGGAGAUGAAGGACAAGCAGUUCGCUGAGGCUUACAAGAACAACUUCCUCGGCACCUGGGCCAAGCUUGCCGACAUUCGCAAGCCCAUCAUCGGCGCCGUUGCUGGUUACGCUCUUGGCGGUGGCUGUGAGCUUGCCAUGAUGACCGACUUCAUCGUCUGCACCCCCAAGGCCGUCUUCGCCCAGCCCGAGAUCACCCUCGGCAUCAUCCCCGGCGGUGGUGGCUCGCAGCGCCUCGUCACCCUCAUUGGCAAGGGCCGCGCCAUGGACAUGGUCCUCACCAACCGCAAGGUCAGCGGUGUCGAGGCUGGCCAGUGGGGUCUCGCCUCGCGCGUCACCGAGGACGGCCAGUCGGUCGUUGAGGAGGCCGUCAAGGUUGCCGACGGUAUCGCCAAGUUUGGUGUUGUCGCCGCCCAGGCCGGCAAGGAGGCCGUCAACGCCGCCCUCGAGCUCCCCCUCGCCCAGGGUCUCCGCCUCGAGCGCCGUCUCUUCCAGGCUCUCUUCGCUACCGCCGACCAGAAGGAGGGCAUGGCCGCCUUUGCCGAGAAGCGCAAGCCCACCUGGACCGACAACUAG